UAUGCGUUUCGAUGACAGUAUGCAGGCAGUCACCUCCCCCGUUUUCAUCCCCUUCUCAGUUUAACAGGAUUCUUGCAGGAAGGUCUCACAGCUGCACUGAAGAUAAUGGCAGUCCCACCAACUUAUAUUGAUCUUGGCAAGUCAGCCAGAGAUGUGUUCACUAAGGGAUAUGGUUUUGGUCUGAUCAAGCUUGAUUUGAAAACAAAGUCAGAAAAUGGACUGGAAUUCACAAGCUCAGGGUCUGCAAACACAGAGACCAGCAAAGUAGCGGGCAGCCUUGAAACCAAGUACAAGUGGGCGGAGCACGGCCUGUCGUUCACGGAGAAGUGGAACACAGACAACACCUUAGGCACAGAGAUAACCAUCGAAGACCAGCUUGCCAAAGGACUGAAGCUGACCUUCGACUCUUCGUUUUCACCAAACACAGGAAAAAAGAGUGGCAAGAUUAAGACCGGUUACAAAAGGGAACACAUCAACGUCGGCUGCGACGUGGACUUUGAUAUCGCCGGGCCCUCUGUGCGCGGAGCGGCGGUCUUCGGCUACGACGGCUGGCUUGCUGGCUACCAGAUGACCUUUGAGGCAGGGAAAUCCAGGGUCACACAGAGCAACUUCGCAGUUGGCUACAAGACAGACGAGUUCCAGCUUCACACAAAUGUGAAUGAUGGGACAGAGUUUGGAGGCUCCAUUUAUCAGAAGGUGAAUGACAAUCUGGAAACGGCUGUCAAUCUGGCGUGGACAGCUGGAAACAGCAACACCCACUUCGGAAUUGCUGCUAAAUAUCAGAUCGAUGCUGAUGCAUCGUUCUCGGCCAAAGUGAACAACUCCAGUCUAAUUGGAUUAGGAUACACUCAAACCCUAAUGCCAGGCAUUAAACUGACACUCUCGGCUCUGCUUGAUGGUAAAAACGUCAAUGCUGGCGGCCAUAAACUGGGUCUAGGACUGGAGUUCGAAGCAUAGGCAACCACUCUGCACAAUCAUUACCUUCCAAAUACUUUAAAGAAUAGCUACCUUAACAACCUGGUGUUUUACCUUGUGUGUGUACCAUGUGGGAUACAAGUAUUAUUGUACUGUCAGUCCUGUUACUGAUGAUGUUCAAUUGUAAAAGGACAACUGAACCUUAACGAUACAGGAACGUUUCUUAACCCUUAUAAGCUCUGUGAGAAACACAGUUCAAAGGAAUCUAGAUUUUUUUCAAAUGCAUCACAGUUCCUGUGUUUUGGGGGGUUUUUGUAUCUUAUUUUGUGAACACUUUUAUUUUUCAUACCCUAUUGCAAAGAACUGGGGUAAAAAAACAAAACAAAAAAAAAACAUAUAUAUAUAAUAUGGCUUCAACUUGAAAGAAUACAUAUUUUGGCAAACAAAACAAAAACUGCUGUGUUCUAGCCAGUAUGUGGUGCUGCUUUGCAUAAAUGUUAUGUUACAUUCUUGUGGUCUGUUUGAACAGCAUGAGGACUUGAUGGCUGCCACUUAAUGCUACUAUUUGAAUUCAAAAGCUAAAAAACAUGAAGAAGAAGGGAAUUGUCUGUUGUUGGUAGGUUUAGUUGUCCUUAACUUUAUGCAACUAUAGUUUUAAAAGGCACUAAAUUGUCUGUGGUGUACAUUUCAUGCAUAUGUUUCACUAGUAAUUGUGUGUGCAAUAUUUUUGUAAAUCCUCUUUUUUGGUACUCAGAGGUCUAUCAUGGUAUAGGCACGGUUGUCCUAUUCCCCAGGAUACAAGGGAAACAUGCUGUUGAGAGAGCCGUAAGAAGGGAAGGAUUAUUGUAACUGGGACCCUAUAACAAACAACCUUCAAAUCAAAUGUGUUUUUUUUUUGUUUUUUUUUUUUUAAAAGACUGGUGCAUUUCAAUAGAAAAUGUAUGGUAAUCUUCCAUUGUUGGUGUAUAAUAGGUACAAUACACGCUCUACUUGACAGUACUGCAAAGUCCUGAAAAUAAAUAACUUUAUCUUUA